GAUGCGCGGAUCGCCGCCUACGUCCCGCACUCCGCGUCAACCGUCGUAAACUCGUUGUGCGCCAGUCUUAAUCCGCGCGUUGCUCGUUACGUACGUAAUACGAAGUGAUUGUAUUGUAUCAAGUAUGCUAACUGUGUACGGAGGAAUUCUACUAGUUUUGAAUUAGUAUCCGGAGGAGCGAAGCCGGUCUGUCAAGAGACUAUAGUGUUCCUGAGGGACCCUCACUUCCGACACGAUCUCGAGCCGCAACAGCGGCGGCGGCAGCGGCAUGGAGUGCGGCGUUGCGGCGGCGACGGGCGCGUUCCCGGCGCGGGCGCACCCCCCACACCCGCCUCACGCCGCGCACCCGGCGCUCUCGCCCACCGAGCGCUCGCCUGCUAAAGCCGGACUACACGUCAACUUUAGUGAUAAGGGCGAGGUAAAAGAGAGGCGUGAAAAAUUCCUAACAGCCAAAUACGGUAGCCACCAGAUGGCGCUGAUCCGCAAACGUCUUGCCGUCGAGAUGUGGCUGUAUGAUGAGCUGCAAAAGCUCUAUGAAACCCCGGAGACGACGCCAGCUGGGGCCUCGCAGGAGGUAGAGGUGGACAUCGACGAACUGCUGGAUAUGGACAGUGAUGAUCUGCGCCGGCGGCACCUCACGACGUUAUUAGCAGAUGCGAAGAAACCACAAAAAGAUGUUCAUAAAUUCAUCAACGAGCUGUUAGAAAAGGCUAAAACUCUUUAAGUGUAAGCGGAACCAAAUCUCAGAAGACGAAGAGGAGACGCGUCGACUGCGACGGUGUAGUGCAAUGUUGUGUUGUGAGCGCCUGAGCCGCGAGCGCGUGCUUGUAGCGCGUGUAGCCUUGUACUUGUACAUACCGUAGCGUACGCGCCGCCCCGCGGUAGCCGCUAGUCGCAUUAGGAAUAAGGACCGUAGAUAUAAUUAAUUAGGUCGACAUGACAUCGGUGUCUCGCAUAUUUCAAAUACAGUUUUGCUUUUAACUUACAAGGAUAGGCGGCAAAU